AAUGAUCGUUGACGUCCGCAGAUGAUCAAAUAGGCCACGCCUUCCCGAUGACGCAAUAUCUGUUACGCUGUUCUGAAAUCCCUGGAAAUAAGUGCAUCCCAGUCUGAGAUCUGUCGAGGUGUGGUGAUGGGUGUAAAAGUCAAUGUGGAAUAUUGUGGCGGAUGAGGCUACGAACCCCGCUAUCAGGAGCUCAAGCGAGUCGUCAUCGGCGAGUUUCCUGAGGCGGAGGUGUCUGGCUUUGUUGGCAGACAAGGGAGCUUUGAGAUCGAGAUCAAUGGGCAGCUAGUUUUCUCAAAGCUAGAAACCAGCGGUUUUCCCUACGAAGACGAUGUCAUGGAGGCCAUCCAGAAAGCCCACGAUGGCAAGCCAGUGGAGAAAAUCACCAAGAGCCGACCACCUUGCGUCAUACUCUAACUCCAAGCUUUUGUUUACCUCAGAAACAACAAGGCUAUGAGUGAAACCGCUGAGAUCAUGUAAAAGCUCCUCAGAUGUCUCCGUUUGCCUCUGCUUCUAAUGGGGUGUUUUUGGACUUAAAUGAUUGGUGUGGCUAAAAACUAAAGGUUACACUAUGAAGCUCUCAGUCCAAUCACUUUCAGAUCUGUAGCAGAGAUGAAGGGGAGAUGUUUAAGUGUGCAUUAAAAAAGGUUCAGGUGUGUGUGUGUGUCAACAUUUUACUGUACUAAUUGCUGCCUUCAUUAAGAUAUUUAAUUAUAGAUGAUAAUAUAAAAUAUUAACAUUAAAGACCUUGCUUAUAAGAUUUUGAAAUAAAGGUAACAUGUAGAACUUUCAGGUAACAAAUCACACAAAGUAAUAAUAAAAUCCAUUUGGUUAA